AUGGCAGUAUCUGAUUGGCACAUUGAGGAUAUUGUUGUGACUUUGGUUCUUGGAAUAUUGUGGUAUUGGCUUGCAAAUCGUACUCCAAAUCAGCUAUUUAUACCCGAAAAAGAUCCAAAUUGCAUGUAUCCAUAUAAAAAUACCGGAAUGAGUGGAGGAGCAAACUUAACAAUUGUUUCGGCCGUGCCUAUUACAGGAUAUUUAAUCAUAUAUUUUAUAGUUAAAUACGGAAAAAACAUUAAAUACACCCGAGGUUUUGAUAUUAUCGAAAUUAUAUGCGCUCAUUUGUCAAGUAUCAUGUUUGCUGGUGAUAUCUGCCAUGUUUUAAAGACAUACGUCGGAAGAGCACGUCCAGAUUACUAUACUUUUACAACAGAAAUUUUAGAAGCAUCUGUAGAUGAAGAAAAGAAGCUCUCUGAUAAAAGAAAAGAUGAACUAAAGAAAGAAGCAUUCAAGAGCUUCCCUUCAGGUCAUAGUUGCACAGCUGCUUCUGGAGCUUUAUUUUUCUCAUUGUCACUCAUUUCUAUCAUUGAUCAUAACAGAGUUUGGUCUAUCCUUUUGAAGCUACUUCCACUUUGUUAUGCUUUCUAUAUUGGUUCAAUGAGAAUUGUCGAAUAUAGGCAUCAUAUUGAUGAUGUUAUAUCUGGAUUCCUUAUUGGUUUCUUGAUAUCGAUUGUUUUCUACCUUGCUUCCUAUAAUGCUGUGUAUCAUGGCAUUAGCCCAUAA